AUGGACAAUGUUUCUGCAGUAAGAAUUCUCACUCUUUCGGGGAUCAAUGAGACAAUGAAUUACAGAAUUGCUAUCUUCUCACUCACUUUACUGUAUUACAGUCUGAUUUUAGUUUUCAACAUCUCUCUCAUCGCUGUCAUUAUCUCGGAUGAAAACCUGCACGAACCCAUGUACGUCUUGUUGUGCAGUUUUUGCAUCAAUGGACUUUAUGGGACCACGGGGUUCUACCCCAAAUUCCUUUCUGACCUUCUGUCGUCGUCUUCUCCAGAAAUCUCAUACGAAGGAUGCCUUCUACAGGCUUUUGUCAUGUACUCAUUCGCUUGCUGCGAUCUGUCCAUUCUAGCAGUCAUGGCCUACGACAGGUAUCUGGCUAUAUGUCGACCGCUGCACUAUCACUCUCUGAUGUCUCGGAGGAGGCUCUCUCAGCUGGUGUGUGUGUCCUGGCUCACACCUUUCUGCGUCUUCUCCAUCAAUGUUCUGUUCACGUCCAGACUCAAACUAUGUGGUUCAAACCUGCAGAAACUAUUCUGUGUGAACUGGGUCAUUGUCAAACUCGCUUGCUCUGACUCGGACACCGUUUCAAACAAUGUUGUCUCAUAUGCAAUAAUCGUGAUUUACGUGUCUCAUGGUCUUUUCAUAAUUUGGACUUACAUGCAUCUCAUUAAAAACUGCGUGAGGUCCAAAGAAGACCGGGUCAAGUUCAUGCAGACAUGUGUGCCCCAUUUAAUUUCUUUACUCACAUUCCUCGUUGUAAUAGUUUUUGAUCUGAUGUACAUGCGGUUCGGCUCCACAGAUUUACCGCAGAGCCUUCAAAACUUCAUCGCUAUAGAAUUCCUCCUCAUCCCUCCACUUAUGAAUCCUCUCAUUUACGGAUUCAAACUGACCAAAAUACGGAAAAAGAUUCUUUGUUUAGUUCAUGUUGGAAGAAAAUGACCUUCUAUUCAUAGCAACUCAUAUUUAUAUACUCUUAUUUUGGAUUGUUUUAUUUUGUGUAUCUGGAACAAUGCAGAUGAACUUUUGUUUGAUUGAGGGAAGUGGGGCAAAAAUAUAGAAAAUAUAUUAAGAUGUUUGUGUCUCGCCAGAAAUGCUGACAGUUGUUCAUUUUAACAUGUCAGUUUUUACUAUUUUGCAAAUUUAAUUUGUGGUUAUGCUGCAUGCAAUGGAUAUGUUUCUGGUUCAGUCUGUGUAUAUAAUGCGUAAGAGAAAUCAGUCACUACAUCAUACAUGUGAACAUUAACAUACAUACCUCACACUAAAACCGCUCUCACGUUCACCUCACGUCUCACAAGAUGUGUUUUCUCUCUGAAAUUUUGAAAGAAAAAGAAACUGUUGUCUUAAACAUGUAAC